AUGCCUGGAUACGACGUCUCAAAACCAUGGCCGGGUAGCCCGAUGGACGGCUGGAAGAUUGCUAUGGCAGCCGUUGACUUGGAUCACGAGCAGCGAGGUGAGGCCGGCAGCCUAUUGGGUGGCCGUGCGACUAUCGGGGAUGACAUCAAGAUCAUUGCCCCCGAGUCACUCUAUGUGCCUAGUGUCAACGAGAGCGACCAUGGAAAACCUGUGACAACCUUGAAGCACCGGAAGAUGGUUCCUGCAAGCAGUGGCUACCCGAUGCUUGUAUUCAAGCUGUAG